AUGGUUUCCGGUCGAUCUUCAUACGCCGCUGCUCUUGGCUUCUACUGGGGCCAAAACUCCUAUGGGGCGACGGGCAGCAAUACCGCUGAUUACCAGAAGAACCUGUCCUACUACUGCCAGGAUGACGUGAUCAACGCGUUCCCUCUCGCGUUCCUCAACGUCUUCUUUGGCGAGGGCGGAGAACCAUCCCUCGACCUGGCCAAUAUUUGCAGCACCGCAAAUGACCCGGUCUUCGAGGGCACGCAGCUGCCCGAGUGCAGCUUCAUGGCGUCCAACAUCCAGACGUGCCAGAACGCAGGCAAGAUCGUGACCAUCAGUCUCGGUGGCGCGACCGGCUCGGCGGGCUUCAGCAAUGCGAGCCAGGCGGAGGGCUUUGCGAACACGAUCUGGAACCUGUUCCUCGGAGGCUCCAGCAGCACGCGUCCGUUUGGCGAUGCUGUGCUGGAUGGGGUUGACCUCGAUAUCGAGGGCGGCUCCACGGAGUACUUUACCAACUUCGUCUCCACGCUCCGCUCCCUGAUGAACUCAGGAAGUAAGAGCUACUACCUGACGGCUGCCCCGCAAUGCCCCUUCCCUGACGCAUACGUCGGAAGCGUCAUCGACGCGGAGUCGUUCGACGCGGUCUACGUGCAGUUCUACAACAACUAUUGCGGGCUGACAAACUAUGACAACUCGAACGACUGGGAUUUCAGCACAUGGGACAACUGGGCGAAGAACACGUCGCCCAACCCCAACGUGAAGGUCUAUAUCGGAGCCCCUGCCGCCUCCGCGGCCGCUGGAUCGGGCUACGUCGACGCGGCAACGCUCGGCCAGAUUGCCGUCGACACGCGCAACUCGUACUCGUCGUUCGGCGGCAUCAUGCUGUGGGACGCUUCUCAGGCGUACGAUCCGCACGCAGCAAACGACCGCUUUGACGCGGCAGUCAAGAGCUCGAUCACAGAGAACGGGAACACAGCGCCAGCGCCGAGCACGACAUACUCGUCCGCGACGUCGACGGCCUCGGCCACGCCUACGACUGCACCUGCGCCCUCGACGACGUCCACGCCAGCCGCUCCCAGCAGCUCGUCUACAGGCAGCGCAGGGGACUGCGCGGGCGUCGCCACCUGGGUCGCGAACGUCGCCUAUGAGGGCGGCGACCAGGUCGUGUACAACGGCAAUCUCUACACUGCCAACUGGUGGAGCUACGCGGAUACCCCUGGCGGUGCGUCUCUCGGCUCGAUACAGGGUUAG